CCCGGGGAUCCUGCAAGUACUUCCAGGUCGCACAGGCUGCAUGGAGUUGUAGAGAGGUCACCCAGGCAGAGAUCACAGCAGUGCGGCCAUGUCAAACUACGCUUUCCGCAUGUCGUGUCUGAGCGCCAGGAUAUUCGGAGAGGUUGUGCGGCCAACGAAUAGCAAGUCUAUGAAGGUAGUGAAGCUCUUCAGUGAGCAGCCGUUGGCCAAAAGGAAAGAGGUUUAUGACUGGUACCCACCACACCAUAUCUAUGCCCCCCUGAUGCGCAAUUUGAGAUUUAUGGGCCUUUACAGGGAUGAGCAUGAGGACUUCAAGGAAGAGAUGAAACGACUGCGCAAACUGCGUGGCAAAGGCCCGCCCAAAAAGGGUGAAGGCAAGAGAGCAAUGAAGAAAAAAUAAUUUAUUUUAAAGGAUUGGUCGCUUUAAAACUGAUUGGUCAGUAUUGGGUAGAUACUGGUGGGCUAAAUCACUUUCUUGUAUCUUUUGGGACUCUGACAAAAUGUCUGCCCCCUAAGUAUUCAGCUC